GGCUUAUUUGUUUUGUUAUUGUCUUUAGGCUGGUAUGCAUAUUUAUGGAAGAGCAUCAGCUAGAGGAAAACGAGUCCAGUCCAACAUGGGAGCCAAGAACCACGGAGUCGUAUUGCAUGAUGCAAAUGUGGAUGCUACACUAAAUGCUCUAGUUGCUGCUGGGUUUGGUGCUGCAGGACAAAGGUGCAUGGCGUUGAGCACAGUGGUCUUCGUUGGAGAUUCAAAUCCAUGGGAAGAAAAGUUAGUUGAGCGAGCCAAGGCCCUUAAAGUAAAUAUCGGAACAGAUCCUGAAGCAGACCUUGGUCCAGUCAUCAGUAAGCAGGCAAAGGAACGAAUAUGCAAAUUGGUUCAAAGUGGCAUUAACAGUGGUGCCAAAGUAUUGCUGGAUGGAAGAGCUAUUAAGGUACCAGGAUAUGAACAAGGUAACUUUGUUGGCCCCACUAUCUUGUCUGAUGUAACUGCUGACAUGGAAUGUUAUAAGGAAGAGAUCUUUGGCCCUGUCCUCAUUUGCAUGAAGGCUGACAGUUUAGAAGAAGCCAUAAACAUAGUCAACAGAAAUAAAUACGGGAAUGGUGCGGCUCUUUUUACUACAUCCGGUGUAGCUGCAAGGAAAUUCCAGACUGAGAUAGAGGCAGGCCAGGUGUCCUACUCUGUUGCUUCAUAUAUUUCACUUAACUAAAUGAUAUUGCAAAAUUGAAAAGGAUGGUUUAUAAGAGCAUCUCCAAGAGACUCUUUAAACAUGAAAUACUUUCUAUUUUAAAGAAUUAACCUUUAAAAUCAUGCUCCAAGGGACUCUUUAAAUUAACAUUUUAAUUUAGAGAGUGGGUUUGACUCUCCAAAUUGUCUUUAUAAUUAAAUGCAUUCAAAGUUUUUCGAUUUUCAAUGUAGGAAAAU